AUGUCCGGCUGCUUCGACCAAAUUCGAUGCAACUGUGCUUUUGAUUUGGAGGGUAGACGAAACGCGGUCGCUUCUGUUGCCUCUGCAGCACUGUUCUUCAUCGCCUGGUGGCUUAUGAUUGAUACUGCCGCCGUCUAUGACUCGAAAGAUUGGACCAACGUCUAUUUUAUUAUUACCAUCUCGAGCACUCUUGCCAUGUUCAUGGUGAAUGCGAUAUCGAACAGUCAAGUUCGUGGAGAGAGCCUUCAUGAAGGUCUCCUCGGAACCAAAGGAGCCCGCCUCUGGCUCAUGGCUGCGUUCGUCGUCUCCUUCGCAUCUCUUGUUGCAGCCACGUGGAUCCUGUUCUCUGACUAUGUUCUCCGUCAAGGAGAGCACACUGUUUGGCCAGGAGUUGCUCUCUUCCUCACCAACUUCAUUAUCUUUGCUUCUUCCUGUGUCUACAAGUUCGGACGUACCGAGGAAAUGUGGGCUUAA